UCCACUCAGAGGACGAGCAAGAAGAAGGUAGAGAGAAAGAUCCGCAUGGAGGUGAAGACCGAAUCGACGACUCGUUUCUGACGCGGAAGAACCAGACCGAGUCUGUUCUUGUUCUCUAUUUAUUUGAUUUCGUUCUUCUUCUUCUUCUCUGUUAAUUUGGAUCAGACUUAGAUGGGAGGAGGAGAUGUGUGUAAGGCGAUGGGAGGCUGCUCAUUAGCGUACCGCCGCGGAGAGAAGAGAUUGUGGAAUCUCCCGUCGGCGAGGAACACUAAGUUUCUUCUAUGGUGCUGCAUCGCUCUCGCUCUCAUCACGCUCGCUUGCCGAUCCUCGCUUUCUUCCUUUGCCGGCAUCACCAAUCGCUCCGCCGUCGACGCCGCAGAUCGCCUGGCUAGAUCACGGAAAGGUUACACACUUCUGAUGAACACAUGGAAGAGAUAUGAUCUCCUGAAGAAGUCUGUGUCCCACUAUGCAUCAUGUUCCAGGCUCGACUCUAUCCACAUUGUGUGGAGUGAACCUAACCCUCCAUCUGAUUCUCUUAAGGAGUACCUUGAACAUGUCAUAAAGAUGAAAUCCCGAGAUGGGAAGGAAGUUGAGUUGAGAUUUGAUGUUAACAAAGAAGACAGUUUGAACAACAGAUUUAAAGAAAUUAAGGACUUGAAGACCGAUGUCGUCUUCUCGAUAGAUGAUGACGUCAUAUUUCCUUGCUCCAUGGUAGAUUUUGCAUUUAACGUCUGGGAGAGUGCUCCAGAUUCGAUGGUGGGGUUUGUGCCACGUGUCCACUGGCCUGAAAACUCGAGCAAUAAAGGGGAAUACUACACGUACAGCGGCUGGUGGUCUGUCUGGUGGACAGGUACAUAUAGCAUGGUACUUUCAAAGGCAGCCUUCUUCCACAAGAAGUAUCUGAAUCUUUACACGAAUGAAAUGCCGGCAUCGAUAAAGGAAUUCAUAACCAAGAACAGGAACUGUGAAGAUAUUGCAAUGUCAUUCCUAGUGGCAAACGCUACAAAUGCUCCUCCCAUAUGGGUCAAAGGGAAGAUAAAUGAGAUAGGGUCGACGGGAAUAAGUAGCAUAGGAGGGCAUACGGAGAAGAGAGCGAGAUGCGUGAACAGGUUUGUGGCGGAGUAUGGGAGAAUGCCAUUAGUGUACUCUUCCGUGAAGGCAGUGGAUAGCCGCACUCUAUGGUUCUGGUGACACCUCACUGCUUUGUCUCCCCCUUUUCUGAUGCAUAGUCAUUCCCCCUCUCUCUCUUCUCCUCAGUCCUAUUUCUUAUAAUGGGAUCUCUGCAAAUCAAAGCCGUUUGUUAUUCCUCCGGUUUAUUUGGGAAGAAACCGCGAUCUUCUUCCACACGCAGAGAGAGAGAGAGAGAUAUUGGAUCGGGAAGUUGAAUACUGCAGUGCAGGAGAUUGGAUUCUCAUGAAGAACGGGGAGAUACAAGCGUAGUCUCUUUUUUUCCGCAGAAUGGUACUUAUUUGUAGGUCUUACUUUACAUUGUAACAUUGUUGUAACGAAUUCGGAUUCUCUAAUCUCCUGGUAGAGGCUUGCCCCUUUUGUAUACUAAUUUACAUAUUUUGCUGUGUUA